CGACAUCAUGGGCUUCGGAGACCUCAAGACCACCGCCGGCCUCCAGGUCCUCAACGAUUACCUGGCGGACAAGAGCUACUUCGAGGGAUAUGUGCCUUCGCAAGCAGAUGUGGCAGUGUUUGAAGCCAUCUCCAGCCCCCCACCUUCCGACCUGUGUCACGCCCUGCGUUGGUACAAUCACAUCAGGUCUUACGAGAAGGAAAAGGCCAGCCUUCCAGGAGUGAAGAUAGCGUUGUGCAAAUAUGGCCCUGCUGAUGUGGAAGACACCACCGCAAGUGGGGCUACAGACAGUAAAGAUGACAAUGACAUUGAUCUCUUUGGAUCUGAUGAUGAGGAGGAAAGUGAGGAAGCAAAGAAGCUAAGAGAAGAGCGCCUUGCCCAGUAUGAGUCAAAGAAAGCUAAAAAACUUGCACUAGUUGCCAAGCCUUCAAUCUUAAUAGACGUGAAGCCGUGGGAUGAUGAAACUGACAUGGCAAAACUAGAAGAAUGUGUCAGAAGUAUUCAGGCAGACGGCUUGUUCUGGGGCUCUUCCAAGCUAGUAUCUGUGGGAUAUGGUAUUAAGAACUACAGAUACAGUGUGUAGUUGAAGAUGAUAAAGUUGGCACGGAUAUGCUGGAGGAACAAAUAACUGCUUUUGAAGACUAUGUGCAGUCCAUGGACGUGGCUGCUUUCAACAAAAUCUAAAA